AUGGGUGGUUUUGCAAAAGAAGUAGAGGUUAGUACAUCACUUCCCCCAGCCAAGGCAUUUAAGGCAUUUGCUGAAGAUCUAGACACCCUAUUGCCCAAGGUUGCCCCACAAGCAAUCAAGAGUGUGGAACGCCUUAAAGGAGAUAGUAUCCCUGGAACUAUAAAGAAGAUCACCUUUGCUGAAGGGUAUGGAUUCAGUUAUGCGAAACACAGAGUAGAUGUGUUAGACAAAGACAACUUGUUGUACACUUACGUUGUGAUCGAAAGCGACUUUUUUAACAACAUGGUGGAGAAAAUCAGCUACGAGACAAAGUUUGUAGCAGCAGCAGAUGGAGGAACAAGUAUUAAGGUAAAUACCACCUUUUACACCAUUGGUGACAUUCAGAUCACUCCAGACCUAAUGCUCCAAAUCAAGGAAGCAUCCGAGAAGCGAGCCCUUAUUUUGAAAGCUAUAGAGAAUUAUGUGUUGGCAAAUCCCGGUGUCUAAUUUGUCUUACCCAAAAACUGUAUUUGAUUUGGGUAGUAGAUUGUUUGUCUCUCUGGAUUUCAUCAUUUCUGUUUCCAUUGUAAUAAAAGUCUUUGGAGUUGUUAUCAUCUUUCAUACAUACUUGAAACCAAUGUUUUAUGGUUCAUGACA